CUCUCCUUCCGGGUUGCGGGCGGAAGUGGACGAAUUUGAAUUGUGUGGGCCGUUGGAUGGGGCUGUUCUCGGAUGGCGUGUGGCGCAGCGCGAGAAGAGAAAAGUGACACGGCUGCUCUGGAACUUCUGCCCAGCGCGCCUCGGCUUUUUGGUGGAAGUUACUAAGCACAACUACAAUAGAAGGAAAUCAGGCUCCAUCUUUUGAAGGGAGGAGUAUCAACUGUGAGUACCACUGACUGAGCCAGCUGAGUAAAAUGAAUGAAAAUAAACCUGGGGGCUCACAGAACCUCGCUUGUGUUUUCUGUCGAAAAAAUGAUGACUGUCCUGUUAAAUAUGGAGAAAAGAAAACUAAUGAGAAAUGGAAUCUCACCGUGCAUUACUAUUGUUUGUUAAUGUCAAGUGGAAUUUGGCAGAGAGGUAAAGAAGAAGAAGGAGUUUAUGGUUUUCUAAUAGAAGAUAUCAAGAAAGAAGUAACUAGAGCUUCUAAAUUGAAAUGUUCUGUUUGCAAGAAAACUGGUGCUUCAAUUGGAUGUGUUGCACCCCGAUGUAAACGAAGUUAUCAUUUCCCAUGUGGACUUCAGAGAGAAUGUAUUUUCCAGUUCACUGGCAAUUUUGCGUCAUUUUGUUGGAACCAUCGACCUGUUCAAAUGAUUACAUCUAAUAAUUAUGGAGACUCCUUACCAUGUACCAUUUGCUUAGAGUUUAUUGAUCCUAUUCCAACUUAUAGCAUAUUACGAAGUCCUUGUUGUAAGAACGCUUGGUUUCAUAGAGACUGUUUACAGGUUCAAGCAAUAAAUGCAGGAGUGUAUUUCUUUAGGUGCACAAUAUGCAAUAAUAGUGAUAUAUUUCAGAAAGAGAUGUUGAGAAUGGGAAUUCAUAUUCCUGAAAAAGAUGCAUCUUGGGAAUUAGAGGAAAAUGCUUUUCAAGAGCUUCUGCAGCACUAUGAGCAUUGUGAUGUCCGAAGAUGUCGUUGCAAAGAAGGGAGAGACUAUAAUGUGCCUGAUAGCAAAUGGGAAAUAAAGCGCUGUCAGUGUUGUGGUUCUAGCGGUACACAUUUAGCCUGUUCCUCGCUACAGUCAUGGGAACAAAAUUGGGAGUGUUUGGAAUGUAGAGGUAUUCUCUACAAUUCAGGCGAUUUCCAAAAAGCCAAAAAACAUGCAUUACCCAACACUAAUGUGGGAAUAACUGAUUGUUUGUUGGAGGAGUCCUCACCUAAAUUAUCCAGACAGUCACCUGGAGCACAGCGUAAAGAUUUGCUGAGGCAAGGCAGCAAAUUUAGAAGAGAUAUUUCGACUCUAAUAAUAGAGCUAGGAUUUCAAAUUAAAAAAAAACCUAAAAGAUUAUUUAUCAACAAAGCCAAUAUAUGGAAUAGUGCCUUAGACGGAUUCAGAAAUCAAAGCUUUAAUCCUUCAUACACAAUUGAAAUAGUAUAUAUUAAUGAAAAUGAUCAUUUUGGAAGAGAACAGCCUGGAUCAAAGCAAGAAUUCCUAAGUCUCUUAAUGCAGCAACUUGAGAACUCACCAUUGUUUGAAGGGUCCUUGUCAAAGAACUUGUCUCUAAAUUCUCAAGCUCUGAAAGAGAAUCUUUACUAUGAAGCUGGCAAAAUGCUUGCCAUUUCUUUGGUUCAUGGUGGUCCUUCCCCUGGUUUCUUUUCUAAAACCUUGUUUAACUGUCUUGUUUAUGGACCAGAAAAUACUCAGCCAAUUUUAGAUGAUGUUUCAGACUUUGAUGUGGCACAGAUUAUAAUCAGGGUAAAUACUGCAACAAGUGUAGCUGACUUAAAUUCUUUAAUAAAUGAUUGUUAUAACUACCUAGAACUUAUUGGUUGUCUAAGACUUAUAACAUCAAUAAGUGAUAAAUAUAUGUUGGCAAAGGACAUACUUGUUUAUCAUGUAAUUAAGAGAGUCCAAGCACCUUUUGAAAGUUUUAAACAGGGUCUGAAGACUCUUGGUGUUUUGGAGAAAAUUCAGACUUAUCCAGAAGCAUUUUGUAACAUCUUCUGUCAUAAACCUGAGAGUCUUUCUGCAAAAGUUCUUAGUGAUCUAUUUACAGUACAUACAUUAUCUGAUGUACAGGCUUUGGGGUUUUGGAACAGUUACUUACAGGCUAUUGAGGAUGGUAAGUCUACAGUAACAAUGGAAGAUAUUCUUAUUUUUGCAACUGGUUGCAAUUCCAUUCCACCUGCUGGAUUUAAACCUACUCCUUCAAUUGAGUGCCUUCAUAUGGAUUUUCCUGUCGGAAACAAGUGUAAUAACUGUUUAGCUCUUCCAAUCACCAGUACAUACAAAGAAUUUCAAGAAAAUAUGGACUUUGCCAUAAAAAACACUCUAAGAUUAGAAAAGGAAGAAAAUUCUCACUUCAGUGGACAUUAAAUGUUUUGAACAAAGAUGCUUCUUUAAAAGCUGCUAUUGACACUUUGUUUCAGUGAUCUGUCCAUCAUCACUUUUAAACCAGCUUGGCCCAAUAAAAAUUACCAUACGAAUAUAAAGGAAUGUUUUGGCCGCUUAAACUAAAAAAAUUUUUUGUUAAGAUGUACCAGUCAAAGUUAAUAUUUUUCUAUUUUCUUAGUAUACAUGCUUCAUAAUCCUCAAUAUAAAUACUUUUAAAAUGGCUGUACAGAUAUUCUCCAAGUAGCGUGGUAUAUAUAAGAAAAAAACCUGAGUCACUAUUUUUGUAAAUUAGGAUUACAAUUUGUGGCUAUAGGAUGCCACAGUGACUUUUCUAAUUUUAUGCAAUUUUCAAAUUGCUACUUAUUUUAUUUUAAAGCAUUAAAUAAGGAAAGCUAAAUGAUAAAUCUUGUUAUGUUAAUCAAAGGCAUAUAUUUUGGGGUAUAUGUUAUAUGUAUCCUUUUCUGGGAUGGCACUAAAUUAGUUGUUAAAAAUGUUUUUAGAUUAUUGAGUUAUAUUAAAAUAGAUCCACACUGCAAUUGAUUAUACCUAAUGGGAAGUAUUAUAUAAAAAGCAGAAUUGCACAAAUAUUCUACAAUCUAUGGACCUUCCUUAGUUUUAAAACACUUGUGAGGUAGAUUAGAAUAUAGUUGAAAAUUCCUAAGUAAGUGUCUUUAACGCCUUGGCUUUAAAAUCAUGGCAUUUUGUUCUUGUUGUUUCUUUAUCCCAUUAUGUCUGAUCCACAAUCACUUAGGUAUUUGAAUAGAAUGAUCUCUGGAUUGCCAUUUGGUAGGUUUUGCUAUUUGACAGUUAUUUAUUAUCAAGAUGGUUAUAUGAUAGGUAAGCUGGCACCAUUGCAUUAUAGUUAUCUUUGCCUUUGAAAUCUAGUUGUUAUAUAAACAAUGUAGAAAUAUGUAAGAAGUGGAAUGAAAAAACCCAUUCUAAUCUCACCAUGCAGAAUUAACUAUUGUGUCCCUGUGUAGCGGUCCAUAAACACUUUGUUUCCUUUCUUUUUUAACCUUACUAAUGCUACUAAAAGUCAAAGAACAUCUAGAAGUAACAAGAAAUUAUGUAGUAACAAUUUGAAGAUACAUAAUGCCAUACUUAUUUCUCCAUAUUUGUACUCUUGGAAAAGAAGAGAUUGGAAAAGUCUAAUAUCCCUAAUCUGUUAUGUUAUAAAUGGGUUUUUCACCAAAAUAAAUCAUAUAAGAGGUAAA